GGGCGCUGUCGCCAUUGUUCCGGAGAAAUCAGCCCCCCACGGCGUCAUCGCUGGCUCUCCGCCGGCUGCCGCAUAUUUUUCGGGAAAUGGACGGCCGAGUGGGGGGACGGCGGCGCCGGCGUCGGCGUCGCCAGGCUACAAAAGGCCUGCCGCCGGGCGACGGCCCGCAGGCAGCCCGCGUGUCGCAGACGCACAGCCCGACGUCACUCCUCUGACAUGGCACCCUCCAGGACCGCGAUGCUGACGCUGCUGCUGGGUCUGACCGCGCUUGCUGCCGUCUGGGCUGAGCCGUCGGGACCCCUACACCAACACUUCAUCGUGCGCGUGCCGUACCCGAUCCACACGGUGCAUCACCACAAGAUCCACAAGGUGCCCGUGCACCACUACUUCCACGCGCUGCAUCACCACCACGUCCACCCUCUGGCUGUCCCAGUGCCGCCGCCUGCGCUUGUUGAGCAUCAGUUCGUCCACUACUGAUGGCCCCCACAGGUGGCGAGAAACUUGGCCCCUCAUCUAGUCUACUCAUUCCGUUAUAUUUACA